AUGGUUGGAUAUUAUGGUAUGGAGUGUAAAGCAAGGUGCACAGGUCAGUGUUUUGGUGGUUCUUUCUGUAAUCAUAUAAGUGGAAAAUGUGAACAUGGAUGCGAAGAGGGAUGGAUGACACCCACUUGUGAUCAACCUUGUAGUGAUGGGUGGUUUGGAACUAAUUGUUCGUACAAAUGCAGCAGUAAUUGUAAAAAUAAUCUACCAUGUGAUAAAGCAAGUGGAAAAUGUGAAAGUUGUGCACCUGGGUACAUUGGGACAUUUUGCAGUGAUUCAUGUUCAAAAGGCACUUAUGGUCAAAAUUGUUCUGAGGUCUGUAAUAUCAAAUGCCGAAGUCAAAGCUGCUCUCCUGUAAAUGGAUUUUGUACUGAUGGAUGUGAAGACGGAUACCAGGGAAACACCUGUACGGAAAAGUGCAGCAAAGGAUGGUUUGGAGGAAACUGCUCCAGACAUUGCAGCUUUAACUGCCAGAGGGAAGUCUGUCACAAUGUACAUGGAGAGUGUAACUAUGGAUGUAAGCCAGGGUGGAUUGGUUCACACUGCAGGCAAAGUUGUAACAGAGGCUGGUAUGGCAAAAACUGCUCACUGCGUUGUGCCGAAAAGUGCUUCAUCCGGGCAUGUGAUCACAGAGACGGUAUGUGUACGUAUGGAUGUCAAUCAGGUUGGCGCUCUGCCAACUGUUCUGAAGCGUGCGACAAUGGAUUUUAUGGCAACAACUGUUUGAAUAAUUGCUUUAACUGCCUCGACAACACUUGCAACCCUUUCAAUGGGGUUUGUAUCCAUGGUUGUGUCGACGGUUAUAUCGGUCAAAAAUGUCAACAACCUUGUGUGCUGGGAUGGUACGGCCGAAAUUGUUCCAAUACGUGUAACCAUAAUUGUAGAAACAAGUCAUGUGACAACGUUCACGGUGCAUGUACUUAUGGAUGUGAAGCAGGAUGGAUGGGGUUAAUCUGUUCACAAGAGUGCAUGUUUGGAAGGUAUGGAGAGGAUUGCAAACAAAUUUGUGGUCAAUGUGCUUUCAACCACACAUGCAACAGGACGAAUGGGGCUUGUUUAAUUGGCUGUGCAGAACCAUUUACAGGAGAGAAAUGUGACAAAAAUAUGGAUC